AUGGGAAGCAACCACUCAUGGGUCAUAGAAUUCAUCCUUGUGGGAUUGAAACUUAAUGCAGAGAUGGAGGUGUUCUUCUUCUGGGUCUUUUCCUUCCUAUAUAUUUUAAGUCUGUUGGCAAAUGGCAUGAUCUUGGGACUCAUCUAUCUGGACCCAAGACUUCACACCCCCAUGUACUUCUUUCUCUCUCACCUGGCCAUCAUUGACAUGUCCUAUGCCUCCAACAAUGUCCCUAAGAUGUUGGCAAACCUAGUGAAUCAGACUAAAACCAUCUCUUUUGUUCCAUGCAUAAUGCAGACAUUUUUCUAUUUAGGCUUUGCUGGUACAGAGUGCCAGAUUUUGGUCUCAAUGUCCUACGAUAGGUUUGUGGCCAUCUGCCACCCUCUUCAGUACAAUGUCAUCAUGAGCUGGAAGGUUUGCACUGUCCUGGCUGCUGCUUCCUGGUCAUGUGGAUUUAUUCUGUCUCUGGUACAUGCAAUGCUCCUUCUCAGGCUGCCUUUCUGUGGGCCCCAGAAGGUAAACCACCUCUUCUGUGAAAUUCUGGCUGUCCUCAAACUGGCCUGUGCUGACACCUGGAUCAACCAAGUGGUCAUCCUUGCUGCCUGUGUCAUUGUCUUAAUUGUACCCAUCUGUUUAAUGCUGCUGUCCUAUGCACGCAUUCUCUGGGCCAUCCUCAAGAUCCAAUCCAAGGAGGGUCGGGUCAAGGCCUUCUCUACCUGCUCCUCCCAUCUCUGUGUAGUUGGGCUCUUCUUCGGCAUAGCCAUGGUGGUUUACAUGGUCCCGGAUUCUGAUCAAAGAGAAGAACAGGAGAAAAUACUAUCCCUCUUUCACAGUCUCUUCAAUCCAGUGCUGAACCCUCUCAUCUACAGCUUGAGGAAUGCUCAGGUGAAGAGCGCUCUGUGUAGAGUGCUACAGAGGAAGUGGUCCUCCUAG